CCCUCGCGCGUCGCGACGAUACUGCACCGAGUCCGAGGUUUUGCGGCCGCCGUCGUCAUCGCCAGCGCACGUGCGUCGUCCACCCGACGUCAAUCUCGACGACCGCGCGGAGAUAGAUAAUAUUAUUAUAAUACAUCGAAACGCGUCCGACCGUCGCUGUCACCGCCGUAACCGCCCCCCCUCCCCCCCAUUGUACGGACGAUGCUUGUCCGAGGGUAGAUUUGAAAUUUUUUUUUCAAAAGUUCGUUUGCCGCGGUUUUUUCUCGGCCCCCCCCCUUCCGACGACCGAUACCGUUGCACUCUGAGAGUUCCGUCGCGCCGACGUCAUGACUACGACGGUGGCAACUGCAGCAGCUCCGCGGCCACGACGAACCGUCCUCGUCGGAGUGCCGCGUCCCACGGCCGCGGUCGCGGUGCUGGCCGCUGUCGUGGUGGCCGCGGCCGGUGGCGGCGGCGUGUACGCCAAGCUCAUGUCCACCAGACAGGCCGCCUGUACUCUUUCCGAAUUCGAGUGCUCAUCCUCGUCGUCUACCGUCGACGAAGACGACGACGACGUCACCACAGCCGCCGCAGUACGCUGCGUGCCGUCCAUCAAGUACUGCGACGGCCGGCGCGACUGUCCGGACGGAUCCGACGAACCUCACUACUGCACGCCUUGCAAUCGAACUUAUUACGGAGAUGUCGGAAAAACGUACGAAUUUGAAUUACAUCGUCCGAAACCCGACAAGUUGCCAUUCGUCUGCUUUAUAAAACUCGUGGCACCAGGUCAUCAUUUGGGAGAUCUUAUACAAGUAACUUUGGACAGUUUUACUAUCGGGAGGUUUGCUUCAUACACAAACGCUGGAUGUCCGGAUGGUGACCUGCACAUCACCGAAUCGGACAGGCCGGCCGUGUCAGGUGGCUGGUGUGGCACAUCUUGGGCUCCUGCCCACUACUACAGUGAGACGAAUUCCAUUACUCUGCUGGUUCGGUUGUACACGCUGUCCAGCCUCGACAACACGGGUUACAACUUCGACUUCCGACUGGGCUACAAAAUGCUCAACCGGAACCGCGCGGUCGUCCGAUACGGCGAGCAAAAAAUGUUUGCGAGAGUAAACGAAUCGUUUCACAUGGGCGACCUGAUGGAGGGCACAUACUGCUCGCGGAUAUUCAGCAACUGCGACAAGAAGAGGUGCGUGCUGCAGUCACCCAACUACCCUGGGCUCUAUCCACGCAACUUGACUUGCUACUACGCUAUCCGGCAACACUCGAUACCGUAUGGCCACCAGGCUCUAAUAUCCAUCACCCAGCCGUACAGCCGUCUGGUGUCGAUCAAGACCGACCGGACCAAUCCAGAAGGAGCUGACCCAAAGCCCGUCGAACGGAAGGACUGGAGCAAGUGCGAUAAUGUACCAGAUUUUGUGACCGUUUAUGAUGGUUACACAACUAGAGAUCCAAUUUUGUUGAGAUUCUGCGGAUCUGGUGAAACUGUGCCCGUGACUACGUCUAGUGGGCCUGAACUGCUAGUUCAGUUUUCUACGUCACCAUAUGGCACUCUAAUGUACCCUUUCGGUCCACUUCACGGAUUUCAACUUCAAGUUCAAGUACAUUUUGUGGAGAUCGAAUCGAUCAAGUACACCAAGAACAAGCGGUGUGAAUUUUGGAUACGGAACACGGGCCGUGGUUGGUUGCAUGCGCCUUACCACUCUUUGCCAGAAAACACGACGUGUUGGUAUCAUCUACAAGCUACCCCAGCCGGUGUCGCGGCUGCCGGAUAUCCGGUGGAUCGUGAAUCCGGCUCCGGUCCUAGGUACAAGGUGUGGGUAUCCGUACUCAAGUUCUACGUGACGGGCCCCCAAACCCGCGACUGCACGACCAACCUGAUGGUGUGGGAUGGAAACUCUUCUUGUCAUCCAUUCUGUGAUUCGAGAAACGCCUCGUCGUCAGCGUACCAGCAAAACAACAGCACUCUGUUGGCCAACUACUGUCCCGGCCAAACCCCACGGUCUUGCGAUCAUUUCCUGUUGACCCGGCAACAGCGUCCAUGCACGCUAUCUGAGAGUUUCCUGUCCACGUCCCGGUCGCUCACCGUCCAGUUGAACAUACAACACGCCACGGCUCUCAGACCGGUAUCGUUUAAAGCUCUAUACGAAUUCGUCGACCUGCACCAGGACGGAAGCUCAUGGCCUGAAACAGGAAGUAUGUGCUCCAGGAUUUUCCGAAGGCCCAAGCACUCACCUUCUAGUACAAUAGCCAUCCGCUCGCCGAAAAACGUAUUCUUUUACGGAAGAGGAGGCAAUAAAAAUUUAAGUUGCGUAUUCAGACUGGAAGGACAGCCCGGAGAUGUUGCUAAGGUGACAAUACUUUCAAUCGGCUCGGGAGACCGGAGUUGUUAUAGCCGUUUGAACAAGGACCGUGGAACUUUGCAGUGCGUGGGCGACAUCGGAUCGUCUCUGAGUGUUUUGGAUGAGGUCAACGGCCCGAAAACCAUGCUGGUGCCAAGGCACUGUUUGUGUUCAACCAACGCGUCCCUGUUACCGUACACGUUCGUCACGUUGGGCUCGAAGGCUUCGAUGGUUUGGGACGUGUCCAACAUGAACUCUACCGAAGACUUCCGACUCCACUACUUCGAGGCCAGCGUGCAGUUCGUCAGGAGAGAGGUGGUGCCGAAACGGUGCGAGGUGAAGAGCAACCUGCUGAGCGGGCCUGGCGGCCAUUUCACAUUCCACUCACAUCACAAUACCACGUGUGAAUCUCACUUCGUCAUACUCACACAGAAAAAGUACACCAACAGUUAUCUGUACGCCAAGUUGCCCGGAUUGGCGAUGCCGGAUUCGUCGCACGCGGUGCCCAACAACACGCAGCACGUGCAUUGCCCGACCAACAAUCGGUUCAUAGUACACGCCGGCGACACGGUCCACACGGUCGUUUGUCCGGACCCGUACUACACAGUCGAGGUGUUUUCGGAUGGAUGGCACACCAGAGACGUCAUGUCGAAUUCUUCGCGAGACAUCGUCAUCGAGUUCAUUCCAAUCGAUCCGGGCUCGUACACAGUGUCUUGGAUACAACUAUCGUCCAGGAUUCGAGCAGACGGACCCUACUGCCACAGCCAGUGCCCGGAACUAGAUGCGUGCAUCAACGAGUCGCUGUGGUGCGACGGCGUGGAACACUGUCCGUCCGGUUACGACGAGUCGUUCGGAUACUGCAUGCACCUGCUCUAUACGCACCUGGUGUACAGCAUCGCGCUGACCGUGGCCAUCAUCAUCGUGGCCGUGUCGUCGGGGCUCACGGUCCUGUGGUUCCGGCGGUUCCGGUCGGCGUCGUCCGCGGCGGCCGGAUGCCGGAGCCCGUCCGCCAAGUCCGCGGAGACGGAGGCGGUCGUGUCGGCGCGCGACGUGGUUUACUGACAUAAGGUCAACGACGUAGUGCACUACGUCGAAUACGAUCGCGUCACCACCGUCUGAUCGGCGGCGGGCGAUCGACUCGAACGAGAAAUCACCGCCGUCGUCGUCAUCAUCGUCAUCGUCAUCACUACGAGCGCGCCUCAUAUUAUACAUAAAAAUAUUGUAGCUCCUCUAACUUGUACCAUUGCUGUCGCGUUUUGCCCGGUCUACACGUGUCCAGUACUUCAUGCUAGAGUAGCGGGAUGCUGAAAUUAUAGUGGCGCCGAUCACCUAAUUUAUCUAUGACAGAUGUCGUUGUAGAUUUUUUAGAUGUGGGUGGCCCCUUCAUCUGGAACUCUUAAAUCAAUACGUUCAUCGAUUCGCUUAGAAUCAUAAUUGUAUUUGAACAUUUGUUCGGCUAAAACGUAAAAAUAAAUGAUUGAACAUGCUGUGGGUGCUUUGAUUUGCAUCUAAUUGUUAAAUUUAAAAAUGGGGAUGAUGGGGCCAAUUGAUGUACGAUGUCAUAGUAAAUUUUAAACAGUUCGGCGUCACCACUAAACACUGAUGUAAAGGUAGUACCUAUGUCUAUAACUGUGUUAUAAAGUUUGCAACCUAUACUGGAGAAUCUACUGUCUGGUUAGCUAUAUGGGCAUAUUGUUUCUCAAGCCAGGAUGGUUUAAUAGGGUGGAGUUUUGUUUUUUGGCUAUAGUAGCACCACCCCACCCACUUCGCCCGCCAUCGGACUGGCUUGAAAUUCUUAGCAUCGUGUAAACCGCUCUAGUUUGUGCCAAGCCAGGAUAAUAGUAAGCCAGGAUAGUCACCGGAAGUACUAUCACCAUCAUUCUAUCAUAGCUUGAAAUAUUGGUCUCAUGUAGACCGGGCAUUAAGGAGAGACAUUUAUUUUAUUUUUUUAUGCGAUUAUGGAGGAAAAAAUCUCAUCCGAAAACGUCCAUUGAGCGGGUUCAGCCCAUUUGCUAUACCCAUGUAUACAUUUUACAUGGUGUGAUGUGCAGUGGUACAUCGUUUUCGUUGCAGGAAAAGUUGGUGAUUUAUACCGCCAACGAAUACCGUAAUCGUAGACCGAUGCGUCACAGACGUAUCAAAUAUUUUUGGAAAAAAAAACAUUAUGUCACGCGUCGUGCGGAAAAGACUUUUGGUUUGAGGGCGUGCGACUGAUGUUGUACGUAUAUUCUUUAUUAUUAUUAUUAUUAUUAUUAUUAUUUUCUCUCUCCGUCUCUCUUUCUUUUUCGUCCAAAUCACAUGGUUCGCAGAAUUCGGGCAACGGAGUGCCAACGCCUCCUCAUGCUGCACCCGUCCCACCCCACCCAAAGCCAAUAAUAUCAGCCCUGACCAGCGGGGCGUGAAAUCGACGUUAUUGCUCGGUCCAAACAUAUAUUAUCUGACCCGACCUAGUUAAUUCUUUUUACGCCACAGACACCGCCACCGUUCGACGGUCGCCAAAUUUCGGUCGUAAUUUUCUGACUUGUAAAAACAAAAUAUCCGAACCGUGCAAUAUCGUUGUUAUUACGUACACCGCGCGCUCUCUUCGGCUGGCGGUUAAGAAGGUUCGGGGUGAGGGUGUAAAUCUUUAUCCGGCGGCAGAUUUGUUUCGCACUUUCGUCUGAAAGUCCAAUAUUAUUACAGAAACAUAUUAUAUAACGAACUCACGGACGUGCGAGAAUAUAAGCUAAUAUUCAUGAUACGCACAUGCCGGAUACGUUUAAUAAUAAUACAUUAUACCUAUGACGGUACAACUUCCGUUCGUUUUACCAUAUUCACGGUGUAUACACCAACGGAACUUUAUACCUAAGCAUAAUCUUAGAGCAAUAGUAAUGACGCACAUUAUUAUACGCUAAGUGAUUUUUUUCAUCACUUAACAGUUAUUUUCUCGGAGAAUAUUUUGUUUUAACUUUUUCUUCCGGUUAUAUAUUAUAAUAUUUUAAACUACAAACUACAUUUUAAACAUCACUCAACCGAAAUAUUUUCCAAUGAUUUCGGUGUAUAAAAAACGAAUUUCGAACCAAUAGUCGAUUAGAAGUAUAAUAAUUAAUAACAUUUUAUUUUCAGAUGUGCGGAGUGGGGUAGAUACCCUGCAAAAUGUAGGUGCACUUUGCCGCUUGUCUAAACUUUAAAUAGGUACCCUUAUAUAAUUAUUUUAAGUUUGAUUCAAUGUUUGAAGUUCGAUUCAUAUAUGUAUGAGCACAGUCUGCUUCGGAGUAUGAAGUUAAAAUGUAAAUGGUAAUAUUUACAAAUUAAAAAAAAAAAUGAUUACGAUUAUACAAACGUUGUGUUGUGAGGACUUCAAAUUAUUAAUCUAAAAUUAUGUUUUCAAAAACACUCACGUUUACCAAAUAAAUGACAGUUUUUUGAUUAAAAAAAUAGUCACCUAUAUAAGUAUAUACCUAGUUAUAUUAGUUAGGUAUAUGAAUAAGUCAAAGAAACAGGCUUUAACGCUUUUUCCAUUAAACAUACUCCACAGUCUCCACAUAUAUAUGUAUGUAGCCUUCUCAGCCUACCUCUAUAUAUAACAUACACAUUAUUUCGUGUUUCAUUCGGACCUAGCCGCAAAGAGUUCUUAAUUGAAAACGUUUGAACAGUUCGCGCAGAAGAGCAUCUAUAUAACUACCAGCUGUAGAGCAUAUUGCGAAGAUUUACUAAUUUAUGAAAUGGCGGUGUAAUUGAAUCUCCACAUUAGUUCCCCCCCCUGGCAUUUUAAAUUAAUUAGUAAAUAGUACACGGAUACCAACUAUUAUUUUCCGAGCACAUGUAUAGUGUAGGAGUAGCCUACCACAUGGGGUCACGUAUAAUUGUUAUUAGGUACAAUCAUGAUGUAUACAGGGUGGUCCACAAAACACGAUCAACCCCUUACUUUUUAUCCUUUACUAAUGCAGUUGCUCAGAAUUUUGAUAUUGGUAAUUUUUUAUAAAUAGCAUUUAGUAGGAUAAGUAGGAUUCCUACCUUACGCAUAAAGAUCAUAAUUAGAUUUCGGUUAGAUAUAUAGGAAGAAAGUACCUAUUUCGUGACGGUACGAAUAAUUUUUUUGUCGAACGAGAACCACCUUUUUAUUUUGUAAAUUGCCAGUCGGAAGAAUUUUUUAAAAAUGUUUACGAAUCUAAAUCGAAAUUCAAACUAGUAGUCUCUGAGUUGUUAAACUCUAUGUAAUCAAGAAUAAGGAAAAUAAUACAUCAUGUUCUUAAAAACGUAGCAUUAAAAAGGUCCUCCUCAUUUGAAAAAAAUACAGUUUGUACCGCGGCAGGACAAUCCUUGAAAUACAUAAAAUAUUCCAUAUUUAUGUCUUUGGAACUGCUUAGGUAUUAUACAAUAUUAUUAUAUGUAUAAUACUUGCGCCAGAUUAUAACUUUUAACUAUAACUAUAGUCAACGAAUUCCUUGUCGUUGAAAUCCAUUUGCCUUUUCUCAGUUCUCUGUUGUUUUGGAUAGAAUUUGUUAUGAUUAUUGUUUUGUUAAAUACUACAAAGCCAUCGCAUGAAAAUACGUUCAUAUCUUUCAAGAUGUUGUGUAUACUUUUGCGAGGUAUAAAAGUAUUUAAAUAACUUUGUUGUUAAAUAGUUUUUAAGGACGUCAAAGCAAAAGUUGUAUUAUUAUUACGGGCAAAAGCAAAAUUUAUUAAUAAUAUAAAUUAUUCAUUUAAUGUUACAUAUUAUUAUAUUCUAUGUAUACAGGUAUUUACUCAAUAUUUUUCAAACGCUCCGACGAACCCAAGCCGGGUGCUUGGUGAGUUUAUUAAGAUUUGUUUUGUUUUCGUAAUUCACACUAAUGGAUUUCUAAAAACUAUCGUUUGUGCAUUAUACUUUAAAGGCGAUUACGAUAAAUAGAAAGUUAGGGCAGGUCAGUGAUCAGUAUAUUAUGUAUAUUUAUACUACUUUAAUACAUAUUACAUAUGUGCCAUGUGCGCUAACUCCAACAAGCGAAUUAGGAAAGACGAAUAAAAUGUUUGAUACAAUUUAAUAUAAAGAGGACACUAAAUAUAUAAUGGGAAAUCGAUCUGGAAUAAAUAGACCGGCGACCGUAAGCAUAUUAUGUAGUCAUGGUUUUUUCUCUUUUGGGACAUUCCGCGGUAUUGACCAAACGACCAACUGAAGUCGUUGUGCACGAUAGCCGAUAGGUAUAACUUACAAGUAUUGAGGGUUUACAAAAGAUCAAAAAGAUUGAAACGAUUCGGUGCAGCUAGCAAAAACUAAAUCCGGCUUUCUGUUUCAUGUGAUAUAGGUAUACUAUUUUUAUAUAAUUAUGUAAUCUUCUGCAUUAUAGUCAAGUAAUAUUUUAUCCAAGCAACGUAUUUUGAUAAGCGAUUAGAAAUAGUUCAACUAGUUGCUAAGAGCUCAUUCUUGUUUUUAUUUAUUUAUUUAUUUAUUUUUUAAUAUCGAGUUGAAAGAACGGUUUAAGAUUACUUAAACAGUUCAGUAGACGAAAGUACAUGAUGACGUACAGUUACGAUGUUUAGCAAUAACAACCGAAUAUUCUAAUAUACACACUCACAUUAGGUAUUUAAUAUUUAAGAGGGCGUCAGCGCAAUUCUGUUUUCUGACUCUCUGACACCCAAGUGAAACACAGACAAUUUCGGGCAGCAUAACCAUAUUGGUGUUUUCUUAUAAUUCUAUCAUUAGAGUGAAUUGACCUUUUGCAGUUAAAUUUUAAGUUGAGGAAGACUAUCUGUGUUUGUACGUUGGCAUUUUCGUGAUAUUUUCAAUUGUUCUCUACGGUAUAAUAUGGGCAUUUUUAAAUUUUAAUAUUUUUACCUAUCCCUACUCACAGCACUUGCAUAAAGAUUGAAAUAUCGUAAAAAUCUGACAAGCAGAUACGGAUAAUGUUUCUGACUUUAAAUUUAAUCGUUCGCUCAGAUAUCGAAGCUCACAAUAUUACACAGCACAGAUUGGUUUGAAUGAGCUCGAAAUAAAUAUUGCUAUGUUGUAUGUUUUUUGGAGAUGAAACGGUGCGCACGCAUUCUGUUAAUAAUUUAAUUCAUAAUCGUUUAUAAUAUUUUGUGUGUAUAUCAUUGUAAUCGGACUUUUGACUUUUCCGAUAACGACUAAAUGUUCAUUUGUAGGUGGGGUACCUAUAGUUAAAAAUCAGGGUAAAAAUUAAUGAUUUCGUGUUAUAUUUUAUUGUAUUAUACCCACCAAAAUAUACUAGAUAUUGUGGGCUAGAUCGUCAACGUGGUUUAUAAGUACAUACUUAACACUCCACGACGAUUAGUAUGUAAAUUAGAACUCACCUACAUAAUAUUUAAAUGUAUGAUUGAUUUAUGUAUUUUACGUAAUAUAUAUAAUACAUAUAUAUAUAUGCGUGUGUGUGUGUGUGUGUGUGUGUAUACUACGCUUAGGUAAGUGUUUUUGUGUAAUACGCUUUGGCGAGUUGUGCGUAAAGGAGCUUUUUGUUCAGUCAUGCUCGUCGGAGCGAUUUUGUCCUUAAAAGGAAAGCCUUUACAGUUUUUUUCAAGCCAUAAUGGGUGGGGGAGGGGGGUUAUGAACGCAGACGCCGAGGAAAUCAUUUUCGUUUGAAUAAGAGAGCAUAAGACGCAUUGUCGCGUCGAUUGAAAGUAGGACGGCGAGACGAACUUCGGUCGACGAAUCAAAUAUUUCAUUUUUGUACUCUCAGUUUAUUUAUAUGGUUUUAGUAUUAAAACGCUCUCCAUAAAAUCGCAGCGCAAUGUGUAUAGUAAUAAAUAUUAUAAAACAUAGAGAAAAUAGAAUUAUGUACUCGUACGCAAUACAAUAACAAUGAUAAUAAUAAUAGUAAUAAUAUGUAUUAUGUGUUUAUAAUUAUGUAGGCGCCCAUAAUGUUUUUUUAAUAUUGCGUUAUAUAUGCGCCCAAGGGCAAUAUUUGUAAUUAUAGUCGUUUUUUUUUUUU